ACUCAGCGGAGACGGUGGUGGCGGCGUGAGCCGGCCCUCGCGCUCUUUGCCUUACUGGGCCGCCGACCCAGCCCGCCUGUUUGUUAGCCUGGCUGCUGGGAGCCACGCAGAAGGCGCAGAGAACGCAGAGCUGCGAGAGGCGCGCGGCCCCAGCCUGCUCCGUCUCCGGCGUUAGCGCUGCGGCCGUGGCGGACGACUACGGCGACAAGGACGAGGGCCGAUCUCCCUGCUUCCUGCGUGGCGCCGCUCCACUCGGCUGACCAGCCCCUGGGUGUGCAGUUGGAGAGGCGAGAUGGAGUGAUAGGGAAGGUGACUCCAGGCUCGGGGGCGGCGGGACCUGGACUCUGCUCCGUCCGCGCGAGGCUUCAAGGAAGUUGGCCAGGGCGGACCGGCAAGGGGGAGCCCAGACACCGGGGACGGAAUGCUGAUUUCUUAGUUUAACAAUGCUCCAAGUAGUUCCUAUCCACUGAGUGCCUACCUCUGAAUUAAUAGCCUUUUGAGGGUCUACUGUGUUGCCCAGGCAUGCUACAACUUUAAGAUGUUUGUGGAUUCUGUGGGAUCAGAGGGCAGGCCUAUUACAAUCGGAAAACUCCAAGUGUAACAGCGGGGAUGGAUGAACAGGCUCUUUUAGGGCUAAACCCAAAUGCUGAUUCUGACUUUAGACAAAGGGCCUUGGCCUAUUUUGAGCAGUUGAAGAUUUCCCCAGAUGCUUGGCAGGUGUGUGCAGAAGCUCUAGCCCAGAGGACAUACAGUGAUGAUCACAUAAAGUUUUUCUGCUUUCAAGUAUUAGAACAUCAAGUUAAAUACAAAUACUCAGAACUAACCACUGUUCAACAACAACUAAUUAGGGAGACACUCAUAUCUUGGCUUCAAGCUCAGAUGCUGAGUCUCCAACCAGAGAAGACCUUUAUACGAAAUAAAGCAGCCCAAGUCUUCGCCUUGCUUUUUGUUACAGAAUAUCUCACUAAAUGGCCCAAGUUUUUUUUCGACAUUCUCUCAGUAGUGGACCUAAAUCCAAGGGGAAUAGAUCUAUACCUCCGAAUCCUCAUGGCUAUUGAUUCAGAGUUGGUGGAUCGUGAUGUAGUUCAUACAUCAGAGGAGGCUCGUAGGAAUACACUAAUAAAAGAUACCAUGAGGGAACAGUGCAUUCCAAAUUUGGUGGAAUCAUGGUACCAAAUCUUACAAAAUUAUCAGUAUACUAAUUCAGAAGUGACAUGUCAGUGCCUUGAAGUAGUUGGGGCUUAUGUCUCUUGGAUAGACUUAUCCCUUAUAGCCAAUGAUAGGUUUAUAAAUAUGCUGCUAGGUCAUAUGUCAAUAGAAGUUCUACGGGAAGAAGCAUGUGACUGUUUAUUUGAAAUUGUAAAUAAAGGAAUGGACCCUGUUGAUAAAAUGAAACUAGUAGAAUCUUUGUGUCAAGUAUUACAGACAGCUGGAUUUUUCAGUAUUGACCAGGAAGAAGAUGUGGACUUCCUGGCCAGGUUUUCUAAGCUGGUCAAUGGAAUGGGACAGUCAUUGAUAGUUAGCUGGACUAAGUUAAUUAAGAGUGGGGAUAUCAAAAAUGCUCAAGAGGCACUACAGGCUAUUGAAACCAAAGUGGCGCUUAUGUUGCAGCUACUCAUUCAUGAGGACGAUGACAUCUCCUCUAACAUAAUUGGGUUUUGUUAUGAUUAUCUUCAUAUUUUGAAGCAGCUUACGGUGCUCUCAGAUCAACAAAAAGCUAAUGUAGAGGCAAUCAUGUUAGCUGUUAUGAAAAAAUUGACUUAUGAUGAAGAAUAUAACUUUGAAAAUGAGGGUGAAGAUGAAGCCAUGUUUGUAGAAUAUAGAAAACAAUUGAAGUUAUUGUUGGACAGACUUGCUCAAGUUUCACCAGAGUUACUGCUGGCUUCUGUUCGCAGAGUUUUUAGUUCUACACUGCAGAAUUGGCAGACUACACGGUUUAUGGAAGUUGAAGUAGCAAUAAGAUUGCUGUAUAUGUUGGCAGAAGCUCUUCCAGUAUCUCAUGGUGCUCACUUCUCAGGUGAUGUUUCAAAAGCUAGUGCUUUGCAGGAUAUGAUGCGAACUUUGGUAACGUCAGGAGUCAGUUCCUAUCAGCAUACAUCUGUGACGUUGGAAUUCUUUGAAACUGUUGUUAGAUAUGAAAAGUUUUUCACAGUUGAACCUCAACACAUUCCAAAUGUACUAAUGGCUUUCUUAGAUCACAGGGGUCUACGGCAUUCUAGUGCUAAAGUACGGAGCAGAACUGCUUACCUGUUCUCUAGAUUUGUCAAGUCUCUCAAUAAACAAAUGAAUCCUUUCAUUGAAGAUAUUUUGAAUAGAAUACAAGAUUUAUUGGCCCUUUCUCCACCGGAGAAUGGAUACCAGUCCUUGUUGAGCAGUGAUGAUCAACUAUUUAUUUAUGAGACAGCUGGAGUGCUUAUUGUUAAUAGCGAAUACUCAGCAGAUAGGAAGCAAGCAUUAAUGAGGAAUCUGUUGACUCCACUAAUGGAAAAGUUUAAAGUUCUGUUAGAAAAAUUGAUGCUGGCACAAGAUGAAGAAAGACAGGCAUCUCUGGCAGACUGUCUGAACCAUGCUGUUGGAUUUGCCAGUCGAACCAGCAAAGCUUUCAGCAACAAGCAGACUGUAAAACAAUGUGGCUGUUCCGAAGUUUAUCUGGACUGUUUACAGACAUUCUUGCCAGCCCUCAGUUGUCCCUUACAAAAGGAUAUUCUCAGAAGUGGAGUUCGUACUUUUCUUCAUCGAAUGAUUAUCUGCCUAGAGGAAGAAGUUCUUCCAUUCAUCCCAUCUGCCUCAGAACACAUGCUCAAAGAUUGUGAAGCAAAAGACCUCCAGGAGUUCAUUCCCCUUAUCAACCAGAUUACAGCCAAAUUUAAGAUACAGGUUUCCCCAUUUUUACAGCAGAUGUUCAUGCCUCUACUUCGUGCAAUUUUUGAAGUGCUUCUCCGACCAGCAGAAGAGAAUGACCAGUCUGCUGCUUUAGAGAAGCAGAUGUUGCGGAGGAGUUACUUUGCCUUCCUGCAAACAGUCACGGGCAGUGGAAUGAGUGAAGUUAUAGCAAAUCAAGGAGGUAAAGAUGGACCAGUGGGAUUUGCUGAUUUUGUUUAUAAGCACAUUGUUCCUGCAUGUUUCCUAGCACCUUUAAAACAAACAUUUGAUCUGGCAGAUGCACAAACAGUAUUGGCUCUAUCUGAGUGUGCUGUGACACUGAAAACAAUUCAUCUCAAACGGGGCCCAGAAUGUGUUCAGUAUCUUCAACAGGAAUACCUGCCCUCCUUACAAGUAGCUCCAGAAAUAAUUCAGGAGUUUUGUCAAGCACUUCAGCAACCUGAUGCUAAAGUUUUUAAAAAUUAUUUAAAGGUGUUCUUCCAGAGAGCAAAGCCCUAAGGACUGGAUUUCCCUGUGCCUAUGUCAUGAUCAGGAAUUCCAGUUAAUAAUUUAUAAAGAAAUAAUUUUUUUGUGUGCCAUUCACACUGGUCUUUUAACAUUGUUUUAAGAUUACAGCAGUAUACGUAUUGGGAUUUUUCUGUAAAAUGGAUAUAAUUUCCCUUAAAUACAAGUAUGUAACAACAAGAGAAGUUGCUGCAUGCCAGUGCAGUUGUUCUAUAUAAAAAUGUUGGUAAUUGCAGAAUUAUCCUAGUACCUAAUUUUUUCUUUAUUUCAAACUUUAAAUCCUUUAAUAAACACCAUAGAAUGGAAAAUACUUCUUUUUUUAAAAAAAUUGCUGAAUAGAAAAUGUUUGAAAAUUUAGUUUUCUUUUAUGUGUGCAGACACAUAAAAUAUAGGGGAAAUACAACAAUCAAAACUGAUUUUUUUUUUGUAGAUAGCCAGUACAUUUCCUUAAACUACUUCAAUGCCAAUGUGUAUUCUACAAAGAGAAUGGGUUCAUAAAUUCAUUGAUUUAAAAGCAGGUGCCGAUAUUUUUUAUUAAAAAAUAAAUUUUACCUAGUGAAAUCUAUCAAGUCUUUUCUGGAAUUAUUAUAAAUAGCUUUGUUUUCCCUUCUUAAAUGCUCUCUGAUUUUCAUUUAAGAUUUUGCAAAAACAAUGUGGAUGCCUUAUUUCACUUAAUUAUUCUCCUAAAAGGGUACAUGCAACUUAAUUCUGUUAAAUAAGUCUUUUUUAAAUACACUAGAAAAGUCCUAUGUGAAUCUGUUGUUAAAAUUAAAACAAUGUUUUUCCUCUGUUUUCAGGUGUACUUAGAACAGAAUGUACUUGUGUGUUUAUGAUGUUUGUAAAUACCAUAGUCAGCUAUUAUUUAAUUACUGAAAGUAUUCCCUCAUUUUUAUUCAUGGCAACUGAAGAAAGCAAGAGGAAAAAUAAUAGUAUCAGUCACAUUGGAAAAGAGAAGAGGGACAAAACCAAAAAUAACUACAGACAUUUAAGUUUAUUUUAAAAGCCCAUUUAAAAUUUUUAGAAAGGAGGGCUGGAGAUGUAGCUCAGUGCCAGAUCAUACAUCUAGCAUGUUCAAGACCCUGGAUUAUAUCCCCAGCACCAAAAAUGAAAAAAAAAUUGUGGGAUGGGGGAUUGGUUUGUUUUGUUUACCUUUGGUUUUCAUGGAUGGGCCUAUAAAUUCCCUCAAUUGUAUUCUAAAUUGUGCACAUGAAAUCUCUUUAAUCCCAGAAGAGAUUUGAAAACAUUUUCUUUACAUCAUGGAAUAAAGGUACUAAACUGACAGUUAACUAGACAAAUAAAUCAGUGGAAUCUAUUAUACUUCAAUAAAAAUGCUUCUAAAAAUG